UGGAAGAAAUGGUUGCCAUAUUUUUACAUAUUAUAGCACAUGAUGUCAAAAUUAGAGUAAUAAAGAGACAAUUUGUGAGUUCUGAAGAAACAAUUAGUAGGUGGUUUAAUGAUGUAUUGCUUGCUAAUUUGAGAUGUCAUAAUCUCUUACUGAAGAAACCUCAACCACUUAGCCAGGAUAGAAUGGAUGAACGAUGGAAAUGGUUCAAGAAUUUCCUAGGAGCCUUAGAUGGUACUCAUAUCAAAGUCAAUGUCCUUGAGGCUGACAAGCCUAGAUAUCAAAAUAGAAAAGGUGACAUAACAACCAAUGUGCUUGGAGUGGUUGCUCCCGAUAUGCAAUUUAUCUAUGUACUGGCGGGUUGGGAGGGUUCAGCUGCGGAUUCUAGGGUAUUACAAGAUGCACUAUUUCGCAAUGAGUUUAGUGUUUUCCAAGGUCAUUACUACUUACGUGAUGCUGGAUAUAUGAAUUGUGAAGGAUUUUUGGCACCUUAUAGAGGACAAAAAUAUCAUAAACCACGCACGAGCCCUCUGAAGAUAGAAACCACUCGCAAUCCUCCUCCCGCUGUGGAACGCUGUAAAUCCUAUCUCGCUCUUCCUCAGAUUUCAAUCAUCUCUUGCUCCGCCUUCAGAUUCAAAUUUUCGAUUUCACUCUCUACUUCAGUUUCUUUUGCCAUGGAUGGGACUCUGCUACUCGCUUCACUUUCCAUAGCCAAAUCACCUCUUGAGAAGAGUGAUGGUUGUGGAUCCUAUUGAUGAGAUAGAAGAUCAAAAUAUACUUGGAGUAGAUGGUGAGAUGAUCCACCAUCUUGAGACGAGUGAUGCUUGGGGUAGAUAGAGAGAUCAACUUGAACAAGAAAUGUGGAACCAAUGGGGCAGAAGACAUCACGCUCAAUAAUUGAAAUAAUUUUUCUAUGUGUGAGGUUGUCUGUCGUAAUAUUGAUUUCAUUUUGUUGAUGUGUUUGUGUUCUUGUAUAAGAGUUGUGCAUAUAUGCUUCU